AUGGAUACCAAGAAUCAGAUAUCAACGACGGGAACUCAGAAUCCUCAGCAGCAGGAUCUAACUGAGGCCCAGACCAGUGCUAACAAUCUUCCUGCCCACGGACACAACGCUUCCUCACAGCGUGACGUUUCUACCAACCCCGACCUUGUGCUACAUUAUUCCCACGAACAUGAACAUCAGCACUUACAUCAUCACAAGAGGUCCAUCGAGGGACGUGACGAUGAGGUUGUCUACUCUCAUGGCCAUGAUGUUGAAAAGUCCAAUGUGCCCGACCAGAACGCCCAGGACAGCCACCAUCAAGCUUACCACACUGAUAGAAAGACUCCUAGCAAGCCUACUAUAGUCCAGCACGAUGCUGAAAAGGGCAUCGUCAGCCCAGCAUCGUUAUCGCAGGAGGAAGAUGACCCGAGAUCGCAUAAAGUGUCUGGUUUCUAUCGCAAAUGGAAGAUCUUCUUCCAUGCUGCGUUUUUGGCCCUGAUGACCGGGUACGUCGUCUUCAAUGGGCCUGUUCCUUCUUAUGGAUCUAACCAGAUCUUAUGGCAGGUGGUGGAUAGCAGCUCUUAUCCUUCAUAG